AUGUCCCAGGAGCGGCCUGAACCGCCUUUAGGAGCGGACUCUCCAGAAGAGCUUAAAGAAAUUACCCAUCUGGAGGUUGAGAAACUCCGCCUGCUCGACGCCGCCACGCCUGCUAUACAGACUCCCCGACCCGUCCUUGCCGCUACCCCGAGUCCCCUGGCUGAGCAGUCUGCAGAUUCUGCACCGGGAUCGACUGCGCUUGCUCCUCCUGUCCAUUCCGGAUCUUCCUAUCUCAGUGAGAAGAUCCCUGACCCAAAAGAAUUCGAUGGCUCUCGAAGCGACCUUUGCCAGUUCACACAACAGAUCUAUGGCAAGAUGACCGCCAAUGCUGACCGAUUCCUGACCGUUACUGCCCGGCUGACCUAUGUUACCGGACGUCUGACCGGGAAAGCCUACGAAUUGAUCCUGUUGAAGACCCGCUACAGAGUUCUCGACUUCCUUGAUUACCCAGAAAUGCUUGCCUACCUGGAGAACGCCUUUGGAGACCCCGACCGUAUUCAGAAUGCCCAGAAUAAGCUAUACCAGCUGAAGUAG